CAAAAAUUGCGCUGGCUGCUGCAUGCUGAAGUAUAGACGUUAUUUUGCGUUGCCCAUGUCUAUGUUGCUGUAUUAAUAUUAUCAUUUAUUAAUUAUCAUCAACCACCAAAGCGAAAACUCUUGUAUAAUUUAUCUUAUCAUUAUUUAACAGAAAAAAACAUCGUUCAGUCGUCGUUUUCCCUACUAUUAUUGUUGUUAAUAUAGGUACAUAAACAUUGACCUCUAAAGUCCUGUGAUAUUUUUUUUGAAUUGAAUAAUAUUUUGUAUUAUAUUAGCAUAGUGUAGUUGUAGUCGUUUUAACCUUCAAAAUAUUAAACUAUCUGCCCGAAAACGUGUGCCCUUUAAAUUUAAAUUAUUAAUAUUAAGUUACUAUUUACUCUACCUACCUAUUGAAAUAUGGCUUCCAUGGGUAAGAAAUUGUUUGAACAACUCAAGAGUAAAGAAUUUCGUACUUAUUUAAUGAGGUAUAAACAGUAAUUUAUUAUUCAUUAUAUUAAAGUCAUAAAUAAGACUGUCUUUUAAUUUUCUUGUAGUACACAUUUUUGGGGACCAAUAGCAAACUGGGGUAUACCAAUAGCAGCUCUAGCGGAUAUUCAAAAGGAUCCUGAUUUAAUUAGCGGUAAAAUGACUGGAGGUAAUAUUAUAAUUUUUAAUUUUGCUUUGUAUUUAAUUAUAAUAUAGCAGUAUACAAUAAACAUACAAAUUUUCUUUAGCAUUAUGCCUGUAUUCAAUUGCAUUCAUGCGAUUUUCAUGGAAAGUUCAACCACGUAAUAUGCUUCUGUUUGCCUGCCAUGCGACAAACGAAGUAGCUCAAGUUAUACAACUUACGCGAUUCGUCAAUCAUAAUUAUAUAUCUAAAAAAGAAGAUGCGAAAAAUGAUUAGCUUUUAUACUUAAAUUUAUUUUAUGGUACAAGUUAUUAUUUUGUUUUACUGUUUUGAAAAUCAAAAUUGUAUUAUGUUUGGGCAUCUGUAACGAAUCUGUUGCAUUUUUAGAAAUAUUUAUUAAUUUUGUAUGCCCCUUUGUUAUUAUAUACCUAUAUGUUUGUAAACAACUGCUGACAAUAAAAAUUACAAAAAAUUAGAUAAUAUAAUUAUUGUUAAAUUGUUAUUUGCUCAUUUUUGUGUUUUAUUAUUAAUAGUAUGAGAUAACCUUGAAAAAUUAUUAUAGUUCAAAUAUUAAUCUUAA